AUUCUCUCAUUCUUAAAAUUCCGCUUCUUUUUGUUCACUUUCUCUGUCAUCUCUCCCUGUUCCUCAGUACCCGUAAUUGAAAAGCAAAACAGAUCUUUACCUUGUAUACAUACGUCUCACAGUUUCAGUUCCUCCCCUCAUUCUCUCUUCGCGUAAAAAUCCACGCUCUCUCUCUCUCUCGCUCGCUGAAAACGUUUCGAAUUCUCUCUCAUCCGCAUAUAUUUUAAGAUUUUGAAAAAUGCCAGAAAUUCAAUUGGGUGCACACACUUUAAGAUCCCAUGGAGUUAAAGUGGCAAGAAUCCAUAUGUACGACUGGCUAAUUCUUGUGCUUCUUGUGGUGAUGGACCUCAUUCUGAACCUUAUAGAACCAUUUCACCGUUUUGUUGGAGAGGGGAUGAUGACAGACCUCAGAUACCCCUUGAAAGGCAAUACUGUUCCCUUUUGGGCUGUUCCUAUUGUCGCAAUAUUGCUGCCUUUUGCUGUCAUUCUCAUCUACUACUUCAUCAAAAGGGAUGUUUAUGAUCUGCACCAUGGCAUAAUGGGCCUUCUAUUUUCUGUAUUUAUCACUGCAGUCAUAACUGAUGCAAUCAAAGAUGGGGUUGGCCGUCCACGUCCAGACUUCUUUUGGCGUUGUUUCCCUGAUGGCAAAGGGGUGUUUGAUUCUGUCACAAGGAACGUAUUGUGCACUGGAAAUAAGAGUGUCAUUAAGGAAGGACACAAAAGUUUCCCAAGUGGGCAUACAUCUUGGUCCUUUGCAGGUCUUGGCUUUCUUGCUUGGUAUCAGGCCGGGAAAAUCAGGGUAUUUGACCGUAAGGGGCAUGUUGCAAAGCUGUGUGUUGUUUUCUCGCCGAUUCUACUUGCUUCUCUAGUUGGAGUUUCUCGAGUUGAUGAUUAUUGGCAUCAUUGGCAAGAUGUAUUUGCUGGAGGUCUUCUAGGGAUGACUGUUGCUUCAUUUUGUUACUUACAAUUCUUUCCAGCCCCAUAUGAUGUAGAUGGUUGGGCACCUCAUGCAUAUUUUGAGAUGUUGACAGAGUCUCGAAAUGGUGUUCAGUCAUCCACCAUCACAAAUAGUCGUCUUGUUCGGCAGCAAUCGGAGCUUGUAACUACACAUGUCCAAGCUCAACAUGACAUUGCAAUAUCAGGAGUCGAUAUCGGGGACUCGGACUCUGGCCCCAUGCUGGAUGCAUUGGAAGGUGGGAGAAGACACUGACGUAAAAGGCUGGAACUGCAGACAAAUACACUACCAGAUGUCCAUAUUCUUCAAGAUCAAUAGGAUGUGCGUGUGCAUGCCUAGGGGAAAAAGAAUAGAUAUUAGAACUCAAAAUUUUAACGUGGAACUAACUUGAACAAUCCUCAUUCCUUAGAUUGACUUGUUUUUAAAUUGUUUGGUUGUUAACCAGUGUGUGUUUUUCUAUUCCUUUGGUUAUGAUAGGGCUAUAGAAGUACUGACUGAUUUGUUACCUCUCAGACGGCACUGUUUUUGACGUAUAGAUGAUGAAUAUCUUGGCGAGUU